AUGGAUCAUUUAAAAAGAAGUCUUUCCAAUAGGUUCUUCAUUCCACUCAUUCAACCGCUUCUACUCUUGUACUCCUACUCGGCAAACUUCAACGUCUAUCUGCCACUUGGAACGCUCACCGUCGACCAAUUCCUCAGCAUCCAACUGCAUCCGAUCAAAUGCCAGGCAACUUACGUGUGGAUUGAUGAAACGGGAGGGAAUCUCCGCUGCAAAACGCGAACCCUCGACAAGAGGCAUCAAAAGUUAGGGAAUACCCGCUUUGGAACUAAGAUGAUAAAAAUCUUUUUAACAAGCAGCGCCGACAAAUUCACUUGGGGAGUGGCCAAUCGUGGAUGCUCGGUUCGAAUUCCUCGUCAAGUUGAUGCCGACAAAAAGGGUUACCUUGAAGAUCGUCGCCCCUCGUCCAAUUGUGAUCCCUGCGUUGUGACUGCAUCGAUCAGCCGCUCAACUCUGCUCACC